AUGGCUUUCCGACCGCGAUUGAGCAUGUUCUCUGCCCUUCGGGCUGCCCCGGCUGUUCGACGCUUUGCGACAGAGGCGCGGCUAACAUCGGACCAUGUUCGUAUCGUUGAAGUCGGUCCUCGAGAUGGAUUGCAGAACGAGAAGAAAUCCAUACCAUUUGAGACGAAACUCCAGCUUAUCGACAAGUUGGCGAAGACGGGUGUGACGACCAUUGAGGCAGGCUCGUUUGUAUCUUCGAAAUGGGUGCCACAGAUGGCGAGUACUGCAGAAAUUUGCGAACAUCUGCUUCGAACACCACCGCAAUCGCAGAAUGAUAUUGCAUACAACUACCUUGUUCCCAAUGUCAAGGGUCUUGAGGGUCUCAUCAAGGUCAUGGACGCCGCUGGAGUUAAAACUGGGACACCGACGGCGGAGUCAAACUCCCCUAUAUCCACCGAGAUUUCACUCUUUGCCGCAGCCACUGAAGCUUUCUCCAAAGCGAACACCAAUUGUACCAUCGCGGAAUCGCUGGAACGGAUCCGCCCCAUCGUAGCAUUGGCUAAGACGAAAGAUAUCAGAGUACGUGGAUAUGUAUCAGUCGCACUGGGUUGUCCCUACGAAGGCCCCGAUGUUCCUCCGUCUAGAGUUGCGGACAUCACGGCCACACUCCUCGAAAUGGGAGCUGAUGAGGUAUCCGUGGCUGAUACUACGGGCAUGGGAACUGCACCACGAACAAUGGAGCUCUUGUCAGCACUCACUGCUGCAGGCAUUGCAAAUACUGAUCUGGCGCUUCAUUUCCAUGACACAUAUGGCCAAGCCCUCGUAAACACUAUCGUGGGACUGGAGCACGGCAUCCGAAUCUUCGAUAGCAGUGUUGGGGGUCUUGGUGGAUGCCCCUACUCCAAAGGUGCUACUGGAAAUGUGUCGACAGAAGAUUUGAUUCACACUCUUCAUAGUCUCGGUAUGCACACUGGUAUCAAUCUGGAAGAGAUGUCAAAGAUUGGGGCGUGGGUCAGCGACGAGUUGGGCCGAUUUAACGAGAGCAGAGCAGGAAAAGCGACGCUUGCAAGGAUCCAAGACAAGUGUUGA